AUGAUCCAUAACGUCCCGCAGCCCGUCUUUGAGGAGUUUGUCACGGAGGUGCUUGCAAAAGACUCGAACAUAGAUCUUCGCAAAGGCAUUUCAUUCGUAUCGUUGGAACAGAACUCGGAAGGAGUUAUCACGACCGUGGAAGAGCGUGCUACGGGACAUCAGUUCCAGAUCCGGUCGAAGUAUCUCGUUGCUUGCGACGGCGCGCGGAGCAAAGUACGCAGCUUCCUGGGAAUCGAGAGUGAUGGCGAGGAUUCAUACGAAACGAUGAUGACCAUCCAUUUCAAUGCUGACCUUCGUCCGAUUGUCAGAGAGAGGGUCGGUAUGCUGCAUUGGAUAAUGGAUCCUUUGGCGUCUGGCUUCAUCAUUGCGUACGACCUCUCAGGAAAUGCGGUUCUGAUCAGCAAUUUUGAUGCAACCAAAUACCCCGUUGAAAGCUGGAAUCAAGAACUUUGCCGCCAAGUUGUCGUCAGUGCCUUGGGGAUAGAGGUGUCCUUUGACAUUCAUAGCUACCGGCCUUGGGUACUGAGCCGGAAAGUAGCAAGAUCCUAUCGGGCGGGCAAUGUCUUCUUAGCUGGAGAUGCUGCUCAUUCGUUCCCCCCAACAGGCGGUCUCGGAUUGAACUCUGGCCUGGCAGAUGUGCACAAUCUGGCGUACAAACUGGCAUUGGUCCUCGCAGGACGAGCUGGGGACGCUCUUCUCGACACAUACGAAUCAGAACGACGACAUGUAGCCGUCGUCAAUUCGAUGCAGAGCGUAAAGAACGGAAAGAAGAUCUUUGCCCUUCUCAAGACACUGGGCAUCGGCGAUGAUCUGGUCACGGCGAGGAGAAAUCUGUAUGCCAACAUUAAAGAUCCCCAGAAAAUGAAGGUGAUUGAUCAAGGGGUUGAGGAGCAAAGAGAGCAUUUUGACAACCUCGAACUUCACAUCGGAUAUGUCUAUGGCAGCAAAGAAAUCCCUCCACAUGCUUCCAAGUAUACCCCCAAAUUUGAAGUGGGUGCGAGACUGCCUCACGCCUGGAUCCGCCUGCCGCACAGCACGCUGAAGCCCGUUGAUGUCUCGUAUGUCGACGAGUUCUCCCCGGCAGAUCUCGAGUCCCACCGCUAUAGUACCCUCGAUCUGUGUGAUCUUGACAAAUUCACCUUGGUAGGACGUCUCGAUGUCCCCGGUGUGAAGACCUGCCGACUUGGUCGCGACUUUGAGGUCAUUGGCGAGGCAGGGCAGAAGUGGUUGGCAGCGGCUGGGCUGGAUGUUGGAGGAGGGUUACUUGUGAGGCCGGAUCAACAUAUCUUGAUGACUCAAGUCGGUUCCAGGUUGGAAGCCAUCGAGGAGACUCUUGAAAGACUUGAAACCCAGCUCCACCGAGUCACGAGGCUCUUGACCAGUGACGCCAGAGAUCGGGUUGCCUACGAGGACGAUGGACGCCCGACUCCCAGCCAGGGGCCCCAGAAAAGACGUCGGAUUUCUGUUGAGCCUACACGCUACGAUCUCAACGAUGAUACCGAGAUGAACACUCCUGUACCUGGAGAAGCCCCGAUUCCCGACGAGGUACUGUCCUCGGUGGUGGACGUGUACUUCAGCUUUUGCCACAAUCAACCAUAUUCGUUCUUCCACGAAGGCAACUUCCGUCGCCGGCUAGCACUGGGCACACUGUCGGAACACCUGAUCCUCGCCGUCGUGGCUAUCUCGGUGCGCUUUUCUACCCACCCAUACUUUGCUAGCCGCUCCCAUGAGGUGGCGGUGGCUUAUGCGACGCGGUCCUGGAAAUCCGUCGUGUCGAAUUGCUUUACGGCAGACAACCCAGGCGACAUCUCCAUCGUGCAGACGAUAGCCUUGUUGGCCCUGUUUGACUUCACUGGUGAGGCGAACCAACCCGCAGGUUGCGGACCCGUGCUGACUGUCUACGGUGUAGCUGGUCGAACCCGCCACGGCUCUGCCUGGGUGAAGAUUGGAAUGGCGGUCAGGAUUGCCCAAGAUCUCGGCCUGAUGCUCGAUACGGCCCAUCAUCUUCCUUAUGCGGACCAGGAGGAGCGCCGCAGGGUCUUUUGGUCCGUCUAUUUGCUCGACAGACUGGUCUCGUGCGGUCGAGGUCGGCCUCCGGCAAUCGUCGACGCCUCGUGCCACUUACAACUUCCCUGUGACGAUUUGCUUUGGCAGGAAGGGCAGUGGAAAAAGACCCUGACCCUGGACGAGCUGUCCAACCGCGCCUUGGUCAACCCCGAAUGUCAAGGGCAUUUUGCGCACGUCAUCGUCAUGGCCUACAUACUCGGACGAGGGGCACAGUACAUGCUCCAAGAGUUCAACAUCCGGAGUCGAUGCCCGCCCUGGGACCCCAGUUCGGAUUUCGCCUCGAUUGAGUCGGACCUCUUGCACAUCGAGACUCAGAUGAUGAUGCAUAAGUCGGCAGAAGAGCUACUGGCCCCGUCCAUCAGGACGGAUGGAACUGUCGACCACCAAGCUGUUGGGCCCAUCAUCUUUUCUCGGGUACUAUUCCACCUCUGCUACUGCUUGCUGAACCACCCUUUUCUCCUCCGAAGGCGGAUCGAGAUCGGGAAGAUGCCGGGCCCGGGCAGCUUUCUGGCCCGCUCAUUCCACACUGGGUGGCAGCAUGCGCGUAACAUGAUCGAACUUAUUCGCCUCGCCCGCGGUCUGGGGUGUGUGUUUCAGUCCUCCUUUUCCGGAUACUGUAUAACCGUUGCCGGGUCUAUCGCGUUGCUGCACGUCAGUAGCCAGGAGUUAGGUGUCGCCCCUGUAGCACAUGCCCUUCUUUCCGAGGCGAUUUCUUACUUGGACGAUAUUGGCGGAUAUUGGAACAAUGUGUCAACCAUGGCAUCCCUCCUGCGGCAAACGGCCGAAAACGCGAUCGUGUUCAACGAACUGUGUAACGAUCAGCCGCACAUCACACCUCUCUCUGAAGCCGAUAUGAAUGCAAUGUGGAGGCUUGUUGACUACAGUACCAUGUCCAACGAAGUAGCGGCGGGCAUACCCCAGACCUCAAAUCAUGACGGAAGCCUUUGGCUGAACUCUUGGAUCGACCUCUUUGGGACCAUGGACAGCAGGACCGACCUCACGAUGCCAGGAGACAGCGCAAAUGGAUUCCGUCUCGACGAGUUCUGACCGCCUUGUGGACACUUGGUAGGCAUGAUGAAGCCCAGCCUGUCGGACGGUCUUGGAUUGCCGGUGACUACGGCUUUCAUCCAGGUUGACGUGGGCCCCUCCUGGGCACUACUCGCGACGUUUUGACGUCGUGUAUACAGCCAACACUUCGAAGCCACGCCGGAUGGCUGGCUCGUUUACUGUGCGAUUAG